AGGUUAAAAACAGGAAUGGAGAUGAAGAAAGAGAGAAAGAUGAAGACAGGACGAACUGUGCUGAUAACAGGAGUUGGGAAAGGGCUUGGGAGAGCUCUGGCUGUUGAACUCGCCACUCGAGGUCAUACAAUAAUCGGUUGCUCCCGUUCGCAGCAUAAUCUCGAUUCCCUUCAAACCCAACUCUCUUCCUCCAAUCGCAACCACAACCAUUUGUUUUUCAAUGCUGACGUCAGGUCCGACGAGAGCGUUCAGCAAAUGGCCCGACUUGUAAUGGACCAAAAGGCCGUUCCGGACAUCAUAGUGAACAAUGCCGGAACAAUCAACAAGAACAACAAGCUAUGGGAGGUUCCGGCGGAGGAGUUCGAAGAAGUGAUGGAUACGAACGUGAAAGGGACUGCGAACGUCUUGCGCCACUUCAUCCCUCUCAUGAUAGCGUUGAAGAAUGCGGAAGGCAUAAUAGUGAACAUGUCGUCGGGAUGGGGAAGGUCCGGUGCGGCGCUGGUGGCUCCUUACUGCGCCUCCAAGUGGGCCAUAGAAGGGCUGAGCAAGUCGGUGGCGAAAGAGGUGGGUCAAGGGAUGGCCGUGGUGGCCCUGAAUCCAGGUGUGAUCAACACCGACAUGCUCACCUCUUGCUUUGGCUCUUCCGCCUCUCUCUAUCAGUCCCCUCAGUCCUGGGCUCUCAAGGCUGCCAGCCUCAUUCUCAAUCUCACCCCUGCGGACAACGGUUCCUCCCUCACUGUCUGACCUCUUCUCUUAUUCUUUCAAUUUCUUCUUGCAUUUCUUCUUAUAAACAAAUGUCAAACUUUUACAUUAUAUAAUCCAUGUUUUUAUUUACAAAACCCUA